CUGGAUAUGGUUAUUGCUGACAAACUAAAAGAAAAGUGCGAUUAAUCGUGGAAAAGACGAGCUGGUCUAAUUCAAAACCUUCUCACGGAUAGAAAAAAAUUCACUUCAAACAAGUCACAACGUCAAGGAUGGAUGCGAUUGUUGAAGUUGUGGCUCUAAUCCUUGGAUUUCUUGGAUGGGUAAUGGUUGGCGUGGCCAUACCGAACCGUUACUGGAAGGUCUCUACUGUUGAUGGGAAUGUGAUCACUACCUCAACACUGUAUGAAAAUUUGUGGAUGUCUUGCGCCACCGAUUCAACUGGGGUCAGCAACUGCCGUGAUUUCCCAUCUCUUUUGGCCUUAUCUGGAUACAUACAGGCCUCGCGGGCGCUCAUGAUAGCAUCUGUUGUGUUAGGGACAUUCGGACUGGUCGCUACAUUAGUUGGUAUGCAGUGUUCAAAAGCUGGCGGUGACAACUACGUUCUCAAGGGCAGAAUCGCUGGAAUUGGGGGCGUUUUUUUCAUUUUGCAAGGCAUGUGUACGAUGGUAUCGGUCUCAUGGUACGCAUUCAACAUCACCCAGGACUUCUUUAAUCCUCUCUACCCCGGGACCAAAUAUGAGCUGGGUGAAGGGCUGUACAUCGGCUGGUGUUCAGGGACACUCGCCAUCUGUGGGGGAAUUUGUCUACUGUUUGCCUGCAAAUUUGACACUGAAGAGAAAGCGCCCUACCCCUACAAUCCAGCCAGAGGUACUGUGUACUCAGGGGCAGCAUCCAGAAGGGAUGCCGCGAGCACUUACAGCCGAAAUGCUUAUGUCUGA